UACAAUCUGGGAAAAAUGUUAGAGUUUGGAGAAACAUAUCCACGCGCGCUUUCACGCUGCUUGGCACAGCGGGACGCACGGUGCCUGUGCGUAACUGGACUUUGUCCACGUGUUCUGCGCGUCAAAUAAAAAAUAUGUAUAUAUCGGCAAUGAUUGACACUUGAAUUUAACUAUGAGCGCGCACAUUCUUGAGUCCAACUCCAGCGGGAACAUGACUCCUGUGGUGUCCGAGGCUAAGGCUGUCCUCCCGGGCUACCUGCUGGUCAUCCUCUCGGUGCUCAUGGUCACUCUGGUUGUCGUUACUGUGGCUGGAAACGCGCUUGUCAUCGUGGCUUUUAUUAUGGAUAAAACCCUGAGAAAUCAAAGCAACUACUUCUUUCUAAACCUUGCUAUAUCUGAUUUUUUCGUGGGUGUUUUCUGCAUCCCAGUGUACAUCCCCUACAACCUGACGGGCCGGUGGAUGCUGGGUAAGGGCCUGUGCAAGGUGUGGCUGGUCAUCGACUACCUGCUGUGCACUGCUUCAGUCUUUAACAUUGUCCUCAUUAGUUAUGACCGCUUUCUGUCUGUCACCAGAGCUGUUCAAUACAGAGCCCAACGAAAAAUGACCCACCAGGCUGUGAUCAAGAUGUUGGCAGUGUGGGUGUUGGCCUUCCUCCUCUACGGACCUGCCAUCAUCUUCUGGGAGGUCAUCGUUGGUCAGAGUGUGGUUCCAGCCCAUGAGUGUUACGCUGAGUUUUAUUUCACCUGGUACUUCUUACUCAGUGCUUCGACUUUCGAGUUCUUCUCCCCAUUUGUGUCAGUAACCUUCUUCAACCUUAGCAUCUACCUGAACAUCCACCGCAGGAAUAAGAGCUGGGUACCAGGCGAGGACUGCGUGAAAUCCAAGAGGAACAUUAGAAAGCAGAGAGACAGUGGAUCAUUGUCUGUAUUUUUUAUGAAAACACGGAAAGUGUCAUCCAGUGAGCCCGCAGCUAUUUCAGCAGUUAUCCAGGAUGAUGAAGUUCAGUCUCCUCCUUCCAGCGCAGAUCCUAAUAGCAGCCAGAUCUUUAUGGAGGGGGUGAAGUUUUCUCCUUGCAGGAAAAACUCCAGUCUCUUUCAGCCCACGGCCUUCUCUAUGGCACUUAGCCACAGAGUACAGGGAUCUCUUCUUUCCCGAGAUAAAAAAAUCGCCAAGUCUUUGGCCAUUAUUGUCUGUAUUUUUGCGAUUUGCUGGGCUCCAUACACUUUGUUAAUGAUUAUUCGUGCUGCCUGUAGGGGUACAUGUGUGUCAAACUACUGGUAUGAGAUUACAUUUUGGCUCCUCUGGUUAAACUCUGCCAUCAACCCUUUUUUGUAUCCUCUCUGCCACACCAGCUUUCGAAGGGCUUUUGCAAAGAUUCUGUGUCCCAAACGACAGUCUGUCCAGCCUCAGAUUCAUGUGCAGUCUUGUUAGCUGAAUUCAGUUGUACUUCCACAUG